AUGAUGAUACCGUUUCGCCGAUGGGAAUUGCACGAGCUACCAGCACUCACACAAGGAUCUACCAUAGAAAUCUGGUCCGUAAAGACAUGUUCUGCAUUGGACAGUCCAAGAUAUGUUAUAGUAUUUUUCCAAACGAAAAAAGCCGAUAAUUUGCAUGAAGACGUCACCUUGUUCGAUAAUGCCAACAUCAAAUCCAUACGAUUGGCUCUGAAUAGCGACUAUUAUCCGCAAGAAAGAAUGCUAUUGGACUUUUCCAAAGACCAAUAUGCUGACGCUCACUUCAACUAUACAGAGUUCAACAAGAACUACCAUAACUGUCAAGAAAAGCGCUCUCUAGUGAACUUUGCCGAAUUCAAAUCCCGACCAAUGUUUGUUAUCGAUUGCUCGAGGCGCUAUCUGGGUCUAAAGUCGUCCACAGUUGACAUAAAGAAAUGGGACCUCAGCCAAUCGCCUGCUCUUACAAACGGCGCAAAAAGUGGAAUUUGGGCAGUCGAAACGAGCGCUUCGGUAGAACGUCCUCGGUACGUUAUUGUAUGCUUCCAGAAAGCUAAACGUGACAAUGCAGGAGCUGAUGCUACCCACUUUGAUAACACGAGCAUAGUUAGUAUCAGAUUAGCCCUUAAUGGUGAAUAUUGGCCUAAUGAGAAAAUGCAGCUGGAUUUCGCUAAACAAGACUACACCCUUGCUUACUACAACUAUACCAGGUUCUACUCGAGCUAUUCACAUUCGACGGAGGUUCACCCAAUCUUGGAUUAUGGGGAAUUCAAACAGCAUGCAUUAUUUGUGAUUGAUCGCUCGAGGCAGGAAGAGACCAUGAAAUCAUCGACAGUUGAUAUAAAGCUUGAGAUCGAAGCCGAUAAAGGAUUCCCUGCUGACACCACAGCCUAUUGCAUCAUCCUCCAAUUCUUCUUCUUUGCCGUUCUGGAUUUCAUGAUAGGACCUUGCUCCUACGUUCACCUCGUCAGAGACGAGCUCGUGAACGAACGCCCCGAUACUAUACAGUCGAUAACCCGGGCCGCAGUUACCCACGUGACCAAGAGUGAACCGACUAUGGACGUGAAUCGGUUAUUAGGAGACGAACUCAGAUACGAAUUGUACAUUCGCGGACAAUCCUCAAAUAAUACGGUGGCAGACAAUCGAGCACGAAUACGAGAAGUAUUUAGAUCAGAGUGGCAAGGUGACAUGACGCAUUUUCCGAAGGUCUCCUUGUACUUCGACAAUAAAUUGGAAAUUUGUAGUAGGAAACUUGAGGAAUUGCAGCAAAAUAUAGAUGACUUCGAUCAGAACAACCGCGAGAACGAAUAUCGAAGAAUUUACUCCAGGCUUUUACACAUAUCCGGUCGCUCGAACCGUCUAUCAGGCAAGGACGUUGGGGAAGGAAUAUCAAGACUAAGAGUGGUGAAUAAAUGUUCUCAACUGAUUGAUAGAGUACGUUUAGUGGAUGAGGGACUGUAUACAACUCUCAACUCCCAAUAUGGCGAGGAAACCGAUUUCCUAACCGGCAGAGUUCCUUCCACUUCAGCCCCUCUUCAAAAUCAGCACCAGCAGCCGUUCUUUCUUCCUGUUCGCCUUGAACCCAGCAGGGAGGAAGGUCAGUCUACAUCACUCCUAGACACGCCAGUACCAAAUACUGUUGAGGGCCCAGAAUAG